UUGUUUUUAAGUCAUGAAUAGCGUUUCCAUAACCUAAGGGGCCCAAGUGUAUGCUAGUAGGCCUAAAACCUCACUUCCCCAACCUUGGUAUUUCUCCCAGACCGCUUAAACCCCCCACCGUAAUCACCGUCUCCGGCGCCGUUACAAAGUCCAGGCAGAAGUUCUUAUGCUAUAAGAUUCUGUAAUCAUGAGGUGCUUUAAUCGAUUUAUCAAUCAUUCGCUGUCUCGCCGUUCUAGAACUAUUUCCACAUGUCAAACACCUUAUGUGCAUUCACGAAUUCCACAGUCCAAGAUUCAAAAUUUAUCCAAAACCCAUUUCUACAGCUUCACUAAACCGUUAAUUAGUUCAAAUUUCACAACAUCAGCUCAGGAGUCGAAGCCGGUUCCAUCCGAGAGAGUAUCUGCGAUAGUCGAUGAGAUUUCGGGUCUAACGUUGCUGGAAGUAUCGGAUUUGGGGGAGGUUCUAAGGAAGAAAAUGGGUAUUGAAGAGAUGCCUGUAAUGGCAAUGAUGAUGCCCGGAAUGGGAUUUAGUGCUGGAGGGAUGAAGGGAAAGGGUGCAGGAGCUGCGGGAAAGAUGGAAGAGAAAGCAGAGAAGACUGUGUUUGAUUUGAAGCUUGAAGGGGGAUUCGAUGCCGGGGCAAAGAUUAAGAUUAUCAAGGAAGUGAGAUCUUUUACUGAUCUGGGACUCAAGGAGGCUAAGGAUUUGGUGGAAAAGGCUCCAGCUAGUUUGAAGAAAGGGGUUACGAAGGAGGAGGCUGAGAAAAUUAUUGAGAAGAUGAAAGCGGUUGGAGCCAAAGUCACUAUGGAGUGAGAUCCAUUGAUUGUAUUUCUGCAACAAAGAUCGGGAGCUAACAGGUCAUGACUUUGUAACAGAAUCUGCAUUUGGUGAUUGGGAGGUUCAUGGUUACUGAGCAUGCAUUAACCAGCUCAAAGGCUAGCUUUUCUGUUUUGAAAAUAAAGGAGACGGUGACGCUCCUAGGACAUUGUAGAGCUAUUUGGUUGAGAACUGACAUCUUAUAAUGAAUUCACGUUGUUAUAGGUAUGAUAGAUAGUGAGCUGAAAAGGCUAUGGUAUAUUUUGCAACUAUGGAUUAGUUUCCAAUCCAGUUAGAUCAGUUUGUACUCUUUUAAUUAUCUAGGAUACAGUUGGGUUGA